AUAUGUCAAUUCCGUCAGUCCGUCUUAUGUGUUUUUAUUUCGACCAGUCAUCCCAUAUAACGAAGAAGCGAAUAUUUUUUGUUUUGUUUUAAUACAAACUAUUGAAAAUGGCUCAGGCAGAAGUAGAUAGAGAAAAAGUUCUCCAAGACUAUCGAAAGAAACUUCUGGAGCACAAAGAAGUGGAAUCUCGUUUAAAAGAAAUGCGAGAACAGUGUAAAGAUCUCACCAAACAGUAUGACAAGUCUGAGAAUGACUUAAAGGCGCUCCAAAGUAUGGGACAAAUUGUAGGUGAAGUGCUGAAGCAGCUUACAGAAGAAAAAUUCAUAGUUAAAGCAACAAAUGGCCCCAGAUAUGUUGUUGGUUGUCGCAGACAACUAGACAAAGCGAAGUUGAAAGCAGGGACUAGAGUUGCUUUAGAUAUGACCACAUUAACCAUAAUGAGGUACUUGCCAAGAGAAGUGGAUCCAUUAGUCUACAAUAUGAGCCACGAAGAUCCUGGAGAUGUUACUUAUUCAGCAAUUGGUGGAUUAUCAGAUCAAAUUAGAGAAUUGAGGGAAGUUAUUGAAUUGCCUUUAUUAAACCCAGAACUUUUUAUGAGGGUAGGUAUAACUCCACCUAAGGGUUGCCUUCUUUAUGGUCCUCCAGGAACAGGAAAAACUUUAUUGGCUAGAGCUGUAGCAUCUCAACUUGAUGCAAAUUUCUUGAAAGUUGUAUCUAGUGCAAUUGUAGAUAAGUAUAUUGGAGAAUCUGCUAGAUUAAUUCGAGAAAUGUUCAAUUACGCAAAAGAUCAUCAGCCAUGUAUUAUAUUUAUGGAUGAAAUCGAUGCAAUUGGGGGUAGAAGAUUUUCUGAAGGCACUUCUGCCGACAGAGAAAUUCAACGUACUCUAAUGGAGUUACUGAAUCAGAUGGAUGGUUUUGACUCAUUAGGACAGGUCAAAAUGAUUAUGGCAACUAACAGACCUGACACACUGGAUCCUGCUCUAUUACGUCCAGGACGUCUAGAUAGAAAAAUAGAAAUACCCCUUCCUAAUGAACAAGCUCGUCUUGAAAUAUUGAAAAUUCAUGCUGGUCCUAUUGCAAAACAUGGGGAAAUUGAUUAUGAGGCUAUUGUCAAACUUUCAGACUCAUUUAAUGGUGCUGAUUUAAGAAAUGUAUGCACAGAAGCUGGUCUAUUUGCUAUUAGAUCUGAGAGGGAAUACGUGAUUCAGGAAGAUUUUAUGAAAGCUGUAAGGAAAGUGGCUGAUAAUAAGAAACUUGAAAGCAAGCUCGAUUACAAACCAGUUUGAAUUGGUUCUUCAAAUAAUUAAGGUUUAUAUUUUGAGUGAUUUGUAAUAAUUUCAUACAAUUUCAGUUACAAGUGUGAAGUUGCUAUAAUAAAUACCACAAUAAUUUUGUGACUCAACUCCCAA